AUGGGCUACCUAACACAGUACGCCGCCGGCUAUUCAGUCACCUCCCUCACCACACUCCUCCUCGUCCUCUACUUCACCGACCAUUUCCACCCCUUCUACUUCCUCCGCACCGCCUCGCCCUACGCAUGGGCAAUGACGGGCAUUGGCCUCUGCAUUGGCCUCUCGGUCAUGGGCGCAGCUUGGGGAAUCUACAUCACUGGCUCAUCCAUCUUGGGAGCUGGUGUGAGGACGCCGAGGAUCACAACAAAGAACUUGAUCAGCAUCAUCUUCUGCGAAGUCACGGCCAUCUAUGGCGUCAUUAUUUCCAUCGUCUUCAGCGCAAAGAUCACGGGCAGCCUGUCGGAUCAGGGACUGUACACGAGGGAUAACUUCUUCACAGGCCACCUCCUCUUCUGGGGAGGACUCACCACGGGUCUCUGCAACCUCAUUGGUGGAGCAUCCGUAGGCGUCACGGGUGCCAACGCCGCCGUCGCAGAUGCAGCCGAUGGGCAGCUGUUCAUCAAAAUCUUGAUCGUGGAGAUCUUCUCGUCGAUCAUUCCCAUGUUCGGUCUCAUCGUGGCGUUGCUCAUGACUGCCAACACGAGUGAGUUCAAAUGA